ACCCCGGAGCAGUGUGCCCACGUGAGUGUGAGGGAGGGUGUGUGGGCGGGGUGUGCUGCCAUGAGAUGUGUGUGGGCGGCUGCUCCUCCCCUCACAACGCCUCCGCCUGCGUCGCUUGCAGACAUGUAGCCCAGGCCGGGGUGUGCAUCCGCGCCUGUCCCGCCUCCGCCUACCAGGUGGGUGAGGAGUGCGUGGAGCAGGAGGAGUGUAAGUCCAGGGGGCUCCUGCUGAUGGUGUCCACGGGGGAAUGUGUGAAGACCUGUACUUCCCCCAAUCAUCAUAAGAAGGGCGCCUACUGCUACCCCGUCCGUGAGUGUUCCGACAUCGCCUACGUCAGGAGCAUCGGUGAGGCCCAGCUUCUCCAACACUGUACCUCCGUCGACGUCCUUAUCAUCUCCCUACCUGGUGGAGAAAACGUGGAGAGGGAGCUAAAGCAACACCUGGCUAACAUACAGGAGAUACGAGGGUACCUGAAGAUCCUGAGGACGAACAUCACCUCCGUCAGUAUACUCCCCAACCUCAAACGUAUCCGUGGAGAGGAACUGGAGUAUAACAGAUCCCUGGUGGUGGUGGAGAACCCUAACCUCUACAACCUCACCUCCUGGGUCCUCCACGGCCACAACUUCACCAUCGACCAGGGAGAUGUGUUCUUCCAAGGCAACCCGCGUCUGUGUCUCCGGCAGAUCAACACCUUUCUAUCAGGAGUGAAUCUGACGCAGGAGUCUCAGUUAUACGCGUCUAAAUCUAAUGGUCGGGAUCCUGAGUGUGACUUGACGCUGCUGGAGGUGAAGGUGAGGGCGUCUCCAGUCUAUGGCACCCUGAUGCUUACUAUAGAGGUCCUCCCUGCAAAUCUCCUGCCCUCCGUCGACGCUUACUACGUUAACUACAGGAAGGCGCCAACUAACGUUACCCUCCAACAGGAUCCUUGUUCUGCCAGCCAGGGGUGGUCGGUGGUGGAGGUGCAACGGGAGGUAGCGGGUGGUAGGAGGCUGGAGGUGGAGGUAGGAGGCUUGACACCCAAUACUCGCUACGCCCUCUACGUCAAGACCCACAGUCCCCUCCUGGCUGCUAACGGCACCAGGUCCUCCCUCGUCUACGCCACCACCAGUUCCUUCAACCCUAGCGAGGCCGUGGGCGUGCGAUGGGCGUCCAGUAGCGACUCUACCCUAGAUGUAUGGUGGGAGCCGCCCCGCUACCCACACGGUGUAGUCGACCACUACCUGGUGACCGCCCUCAUGCUCCCCUCCCCCCGGACCCUCCCUGGCCACCUCAACCUCUGCAGCUCACUAAGUGUUCAGGGAAGCCUCGGAAGAAUAUCGGAGGAGAUAAAGUCGAGAAGGACGUCCUCUCUGGAAGCUAAGAUGAGGUGGGAGGAAGAGGAAGGAUCGGGGCAGGAGAAAAGAGGGGAGAAGAAGGAAGGGGAGGAGGUGUGUGGGGCGACCUCUGACCAUACCUGCUGCACCUGUGACCACCAGCAGGAGGAAGAUGAUGACCACACACAACACAACACUCAGGCAGACUUUGAGGAACAUAUACUCAAGGGUGUUGGCAUUGAAAACAUACACGAGGAAGGGGGACGUCCCUAUCCUGGCUGGGAAACACGAGGCUCAGUUCUCAGCAGCACUCAGCACUCACCAGUUCAUACUACCAGUGCUGAGAACCUGCAUGGCGCCCCUUACACCCUACAGGACCCUCCUCGUCUUAUACUACCGCCUAACACCUACAUCACAGACGAUCAGUUGAUCUCCUACGGUGGAGUGUUCCGGGGAUCGCUGACGGGUGGUGAGGGGCUCCAGCUGCAGGUACCCGUCGGCCAUGGCUUCUUCAGCAACAACAGCGUCAGGGUCGUGGGAGUGAGUGAGGGAGGAAGGACGCAGACAGUGGCUCGGUACCAGCUGCACGACCCUCGCCUCCUACACGACGCUGUCUCUCCCUACACUAACGGUACCUUGGUAAUGGUACAACGAGGGACCCGGGAGCCACGCAUAACCUUACACCACCUGCGUCACUUCUCAACUUACCUGGUAGGAGUAGUAGCCUGCCUUCCGCCCACCACCUGCACCUCCACGCCCACACCUACACCCACUAACACCCCCACGGCAGAAGUAGUCGUCCAGUGCAAGUUGUGUUCCAGUGUAGCCGCCUUCACCGCCGCCACCACCUCCGUCAGUACCUCAGCGGACGUGGUGCCGACGGGGUCACUACUCGCCGUCCCUUACAACACCUCCUCCUCCGUCACCUUCUCCUGGCGGCCUCCACACUCACCCAAUGGCGUCGUCGUCUCCUACCACCUCCAGUACACCACCGGAGAGCGGCAGAAGACGAAGUGUAUCAGCCAACGGGAGUAUGAGGCAGGAGGAAGGCAGACGGUAGUGAGGGAUCUGCCACCAGGUAAUUAUACCAGCAGUGUGAGGGUGAGGACUACGGCAGGCUACGGCUCCUACUGCCCACCUGUCCUCUUCUUCCUGCCGGACAGGAAGUUACCAAAGGAGGGUGGCGUGGUGUGGUGGAUGACUGUGGUGGUGGUAGUGGUGGUAGUGGUGGUGGUCGUGGUAAGCAGUGUGGUGGUAUGGUGGUGGCGACGCUCUCACACCAUCCCCAAUUACCUCAAGUAUUAUGAUGAUAAUCGCUUCUAUAAAGAAGGUUUCGGCCCUUCAGAGAUAUUCCGCGAGGAGUUCAUCCUAUGGAGGGACAACCUGAAGGUGCUGAGAGAUGAGCCACUUGGCCACGGAUACUUCGGGAUGGUGUUCGUGGGGGAGCUGAAGACCGGAGGAGGAAACAGAAGCAGUAGCAGUAGGAGGGUGGCAGUCAAGACCCACCAUGACACGUAUUCCGUCGAGGAUAUAUCUCAAUUCUUAAAAGAAGCCUCUAACAUGCAGAACAUCGACUGCCAUCACGUGGUGCGCCUGUUGGGUGUGGUGGGGGACUACUCGCCUGCGUACGUGGUGAUGGAACUCAUGCAGAACGGAGACCUCAAGACCUUCCUCAGGAAACACAACAGAAGCUUCCUCAGCGACCAGAAAGUGCUGCAGAUGGCGGUGGAGGCGGCAGACGGGAUGGCGUAUCUCGCGGGGCAACAGCUGGUACACAGAGACCUGGCCGCCAGGAACUGUCUACUGGACCACAACCUCUCCCUCAAGAUCGGGGACUUCGGCCUCUCGAGGAACCUGUACAACUCCAGUUACUACAAUAGGGAGGGGAGCGGGGCGCUGCCGAUGAGGUGGAUGGCGCCAGAGAGCCUCCAGUUCAGUUUGUACAGCACCCAGAGUGACGUGUGGAGCUACGGCGUCCUCCUGUGGGAGAUGGCCACCAGGGGAGACAGGCCCUACGGGAAUAACACCAACGACGAGGUGUGCCAGCUGGUGGUGGAACAGAGAGCCACGCCGAGUCUCCCCCGACACUGCCCUACACAACUGGCCACCUUGAUGCGCCGAGCCUGGAAGUUUGAUCCUGACCAGAGACCCUCCUUCAUCGACAUCACUAGCUUCCUCCUCCAGCACGUGACCGACGACUUUAAGACGAGUUUUAAACAGGUGUCCUUCUACCACAACCGCGCCGUCCACUCCAUCAGCAGGGAGGCGGUGGGGCAGGAGGACAACACCCAGUACCUCACCAGCUGCAGCGACGAGGAUGACCUUCAGCUCUUCAGCCAACUCACCAACACCUCCGACCUCAGCAACGACAGCACACCAGAGAGGGAGGAGAGUGACUGGUGCCAACUACAGAGACAGGAGGAAAGUCUCAACUCUUGGCACCCCUGUCCCUUAUAUCUACCUGCCUCCAGCAGUGCCAACACGCACACACUCGCUAUGUUUAACACAGAGCCGCCUGGGGAAUCAAAGACCUUCUGUACUCGACCCUCUCACAGGAGGCUUCCCCGUGACCCUCUCGUCCCCAACACAGAGCCAGAAGGUUUCACGAUUGUGUGUCCCGGACCACAUAAGCCAACAGAUGAAGAGGAAAACUCAGUCACAUUCCCCCCGAUCCUCCAGUCUGUUGCGUCACAUUCUAGUCCCUCUGUUGGUGCUCCAUCUUAUCCAUCUCUAACUCCCCGAAUUAGCGGUGACGCAUUGGAAAACAGUAGCAUGGGCCCGUCUUCUGUUUCCAGUUUGCAAGUGACGACGCCAAAGGCAUAUCCAUGUGCAAGUGUAUUUCCCGCGAGUGCAUCUCUUCCCCGGCCACAGCGUAACACGUCUGUAUCGUCCGUAAAGCCUGUCAGUGCCCCAGCCACCCAUCCAGGUGUGCCCGUCCACGCUUCUCCGCCAUUGUUCUCCCCGUCUGAACGACUUUCCAAUUCACAGGAGUCCUUGUUCUCUAGUCUGGGUCAGUCUGUCAACCAGCUGUCAGCAUCUGGAACGUCAAGUAGUCCAGAUAUGAAUGUGCUGACAUAUACAGAAUUAUGUCUCUACUCUGCCGCAAGCGCACCCCUUCUUCCCUGCACCACCCUGUCAGAAGCGUCCACUAUCAUGACGCCUUCUGAACCUUUCCUGAACACACACCUUCCCUCCACCACGCCGUCACCUACCUCCGCCAGAGUAGCAGCAGCUUCAGCAGCAUCGCCUUCUUUAUCUUGUCCGUCGACGAUAUCCGUCUUCAGUGCUACAAGUGACCUUGACUCUGGCCGCCGCCGCCGCAGCAGUCGCCACCGCCACUCGUCCCUCAGGAGCGUGGCGGACACAGAGCUGCUGUGACCCAGGCCAGCACCGUCGUCUCUCCUGCCCAGAGGCUAGAGAUGAUUCCAGUUUAUCUCGCUGUUGUGGUACUGUUAAAAACAUUUCUGAGUCCCAUUGAUCUUACUGCUCACGCAAAAAGAAAAAAGAAAAAAGAAUCAAGCGCAAAAAGACAAAAUGAUGUCAUAUGGACAGUAAACAUGAUGAGAAAGACGAUUAUAUAUUGUAUAGUUUUAGGUUCUUUACGAAAACAUUACUUCAAAUAUUUCAGGGAUUUAUUUCUUGUGUUAUUGCGGAAUCCAAUUUCCGUCCCUUUGUGGUCACACAAUAAACCUUCGACCCUUUUCUAGUUUAAUGUCAGGUUAUAAGUGAGGCUGACUAUGCUGCGUGGAGGACUCUUCACCGCCACCACCACCUAGGUCCUAGGGUGUAAAGGACCUGGGUGUGUAAUGGACAACCAGGUGAAGUUUUCAGACCACUGUGAAAAGAAAGUAACGGAAAAUAAACUAAUAGGUCUUAUAAGAAGGGUGUUCACAAUCCCUCGUAACGUUCUUCAAAAGUGAUAAGUGAGGUGCCUCUCCUCUUGGAGAACUGUCACCCUGUUUGGUCCCCGAGAUAUGCUAGAGACUGUCAGUUGAUUGAAAAUAUCCAAAGGAGGACCACCCACCAGACUGGUGCCUGCACUACGGCACCUCGGUUACCCAGAGAUUAGAGCACCCUCAGUUGUCGAGCUUAUACUAUAGGUGGGCAAGGGGUGACUUAAUAGAAGUUUACAAAUACCUCCGAAGACAUUACUCAGUCGAGUGUUCGUACCCACUAGACGUCACAGCCUUAGAUUAAAGAAGCUAUAAGUACAGGGACUUGUCAGGGCAAACGUUUUUCGGAGUGAGAAUCUCUUGAAACAAUCUGCCAGAGAGUUUUGUCACGGCACCGAGUGUGAGCUCGUUCAAGACCAGACUUGACCAAUACUGGCGCAGGUACAGUUACAUUCUGUAACCAAUACAUGUCCAGUAAUUACUAACAGUGCAUAACAAAGACGUGACCGACCGCCCAAGCUGCUAGUAGGCCGAUCAGUGGCGAAGAGGAUAAAGUAAAGUAAAGUAAAGAGACUCUUGACCACCACCGAUGGACCAGUGGGAAAUCAUAAUACUUCACUAAAACGUGGACGCUGACCCCACCGUUGACACGUGGAAGUAGAGGCACUCCCGCCUGGGAAGAUAUUGGAAGCAUAAUGUGUUGUCUAAUGGUAGACCCUGCUGCCGUAUGGAAUCACAAAAAUU